GUGGAUUGGCUGGUAGAACGGAAUAAUCUGUAUACAAGGUACAAUAAAAUAGGUCAUUUUGCAGGGAAAGGAUCAAAUCAUACGAUCCAACACAUCAUCAACAAAUCCCCUCUGAUUGAACUCUACCGGGAAUGCCAUGUCAAACAGUGCACCAUAAAACAUGUGCCACCGAACAUGACAAAAACUUUGCAAAAACUGUGUGAUGAAGUAUGA